AUGUCUCAAGCAAGCAUCCAUGAUGAGAAGAAGGGGCUGGCAGUAUCUGCUGCCAUGCAACAGAGCGAUAAUAUAGCGCAUGCCUUGGCCGGUGCGGGAGGCGGCAUUCUCUCGAUGGCGUUGACUUACCCGCUCAUCACUCUCUCAACAAGGGCCCAGGUUGAAUCCAAGCGGGCCCAUUCGACAAUCUAUGACGCGGUUCGUCGCAUUGUCCGGAGAGAGGGGCUUGCCGGACUAUACUCGGGACUUGAGUCGGCACUUCUGGGUAUCAGUGUUACCAAUUUCGUUUACUACUAUUGGUAUGAAUGGACACGCUCCGCCUUCGAAAAGGCAGCUACGAAAGCAGGAAGGGCAUCUAGAAAGCUCACAACCGUUGAGUCGAUGGUUGCCGGGGCUAUUGCAGGGAUUGCCACAGUCAUGAUCACCAAUCCGAUUUGGGUGGUGAACACCAGAAUGACAGCCCGCAAGUCUGAUUCGGAUCACAAGUCAUCGCCCGGUGCUUAUCCUGGAAAGGAGCGAGCAUCGACAAUCGCUACACUGAUGGACUUGCUGCGCCGAGAGGGCCCAAAGGCCCUCUUCGCUGGCGUCCUGCCAGCUCUCGUAUUGGUGGUCAACCCUAUCUUGCAGUAUACAAUCUUUGAGCAAUUGAAAAUCAUCGUCGAGCGUCGUAGACGGAUGACACCCAAGGAUGCGUUCUAUUUGGGUGCCCUUGGUAAGAUACUCGCUACUUCGAUCACAUAUCCUUACAUCACAGUCAAGAGCCGCAUGCAUGUUGCAAGUAAAGAGGGGCCCCAGGAGAGUUUGAAUGGGAGUUUGAAGAAAAUAAUUCAGGAAGAAGGUUAUGCUGGCCUAUACAAAGGAAUUGGGCCAAAAGUGACGCAGAGUGCAAUUACUGCGGCAUUCUUGUUUGGUUUUAAGGAUGUUUUGUACGAGGCUAUGGUUUCCAUUCGGAAGAGGAAUCGUGGAAUUUCGAAGUAG